AUGCUCGCCGAGUCCAAUGGCAGUCCGUAUGCCGGGGGCGAUGCACCGAAGCUGCGAACCGCUUGCGAGAACUGUCGCCAGUCCAAAGUCAAAUGCAAUCUGUCUGGCAAGAACGUCUGCACUCGCUGCCUGCGCCAUGGACUCCAGUGUCAGUAUGGGUUUGCUAACCGGUCUGGGAAGCCGAAAGGCAGCAAAAACCGCGCAACCCUCCGCAAGCUGGGCCAGUUGCAGGAGGAGAAACCCUCAAUACGCGGGUUCCGUGGUAGCCGCCUCGUGCCGCCUGCUCCAGGCCGAGAGCCCUUGAUGGCCUAUCCCGCGCAUCUCAGCGAGUCCAUGGAGGAUGAGGAUGUAUGCUUGAUCCCGGGUCCAUUGGGACUGUGGGAUAGUCCUCGCACAUUCGGCGGUACCGCGUUGGACACCCCGAUCUGUCCUUCGCAGCUGAACACGAUGGAUGGCCCACCGUUUCCAGACCUGCUGGACUCCUAUCCUGCCCUCCCUGGUGGCUUAGGAUGCCCGCACACGCCAGUCACGCCGACCUUUUUGGCAUCCGACUCCCUCGCGGAUGGGCUGGGCAGCCCUUCAUUCGGGUCCGUGUCGUCUCCGUAUACUGUCGCGCCGUGCGAGUGUGUCGAUAUGCAGUUGUUCCAUAUGAACCGGCUGAAUCACCUUCUGGCCGAUUCAAUGCCUCUUCGCUUCGAUCACAGCCUUCAGAUCCUCAAGACGACAUUCUGCGCAUGCCAGGUCUUCAUGUCAUGCAGUAAAUGCACCAAAGACAGCGCGAAUCUUCUGCUACUGAUCUCCGUGAUCAAUCUGACUCUACAGCUCUUUGAAUACUGGAUAUCUCGCGAGACCACACGCCCUUCACGGGCCGAGCAGGGGGGCGAGAUUCGGUACGGCUACUAUGAGAUUUGCCAGGAAGAGAACCGACACAUCCGCCCGUUCCUGCUGCGAGGCCUCCUCCUCCAGUGCCGGGAGGUGUUAAGCUCGCUGACGGCCGCGGGGACCGGCGAUUCCAAUAUUUCCGCAGAGGAACCCGCGACCCAGCCCUGGCAUCUGUCGGACCAACUUGGCAUGGGUCCGUUGUCAGACCUGGACCCGGGGACUCUGGCCAGCAGCCCUGACAAUAAUUAUCUGCUCUCUAUAAUCGCCGGCUACGAGGCGACUGUGAUUGCAUUUCUGCAGUCCAUCUCCGCGAACGACUGUGUCUGCGGGUCCAAGUAUGCGGCACGAGAUAAUUGA